AGGAGGAAGAGGAGGAACACAAGGGGCAGCAGUCUAGUACCUGCAGCUGGGCAAAGGUUGAUCUGUCCUCUACCUGGCUGCCUCUCUCCAGUUGAUGCCACCCAGCACUCUCAGCCCAAACGAAAAUAGGAGAUGAGUAACAAAGAAAAAUCUGUUGUGAUUAAUGGUGCAGCAGACAUGAACGCAGAUUCUGAAAGCAUCUCAUCCCAAGGAGUGGAACCCACAGCAGGAGCCGGGGUGAAGAGCGACUCCUCUGUCAUCCUGAAUGGAAACGUUCCCACCGCUGACCCCCACACAGCAGCCAGGGCCUCAGAGGACCAGGAGCCGGAGCAUCCAGCUGAGCCCAGCACACCCGCCCCCGAAGCACCAGAUGCAGAAGAGCUCAGGGAGGUUCCUCUCACCGCAGCCAGCUUGGCCACGACCCUCAGCCCGGCCGAGCAGCUGUGGAGCACCAGGAGGGACCAGGCGGUCAAGCUGAGGAUGGAGGGCUCGGGUCCCGGCUCAGAGGCCCCCAUCACCAUCCACCAGAUGUUCCUGGAGACCGUGGAGAGGUUUGGAGACCAUCCGGCUCUGGUGUUUAAGAAAGACGGGCAGCAGGCGUCCAUGACCUGGAGGCAGUACUACGAGCAGUGCCGUGCCGCUGCCAAAAGUUUUCUUCAGUUGGGGUUGGAGCGCUACCAUGGUGUGGCGAUCCUGGGAUUUAACUCCCCUGAGUGGUUCAUCUCAGACUUGGGCAGCAUCUUCGCCGGGGGUCUUGCUACCGGCAUUUACACCACCAACUCACCCGAGGCCUGUCAGUACGUCGCUGCCAACUGUGAGGCCAACGUGGUGGUGGUGGAGAACCAGAAGCAGCUCGACAAGAUCCUGCAGGUGAAAGACCAGCUUCCUCACCUGAAAGCUAUAGUUCAGUACAGAGGCGAGCCGCAGCAGAAAGCACCGUACCUGUAUUCAUGGGAGGAAUUCAUGAAGCUGGGGGAGGACGUUCCCGACGAGCAGCUGGACGCUGUGAUCGACAGCCUGCGGGCCAACGAGUGCUGCACGCUCAUCUACACGUCCGGCACCACCGGCAACCCCAAAGGGGUCAUGCUGAGCCACGACAAUAUGACAUGGACGGCCCGUACGGCGUCGGUGGUCAUCAAAGCGAAGGGCGGCGUGGAGGUCUUGGUCAGUUACCUGCCGCUCAGCCACGUAGCUGCUCAGCUGAUUGACAUAUUUGUCUGCAUGAGUUUUGCGGGAACCACCGUCUUCGCAGAGCCGGACGCCCUCAAGGGUUCCUUAGUAAACACACUGAAAGAGGCUCGUCCCACCCUUUUCCUGGGGGUUCCUCGGGUGUGGGAGAAGAUGCAGGAGAGGAUGAAGACCGUCGGGGCCAAGGCUUCCCCGCUGAGGAAGAGGGUGGCGGACUGGGCCAAGUCCAUCGGCCUGCAGUACAACCAAAGUGCCAUGACUGGAGAGAACGCGGUGCCGUGGGGCUUCAUGCUGGCCAACAAUCUGGUCUUCAAGAAGGUGCGUGAAGCUCUGGGCCUGGACCGCUGCCGGGUCUGCCUGUCCGGAGCCGCCCCCAUCACGAAGGACACCCUGGAGUACUUCAUGAGCCUCAAUAUUCCCGUCAUGGAGGUGUACGGCAUGAGCGAAAGCUCGGGCCCGCACACCGUCGCCGUCUCUAUAAAUGAUUACCGCCUCACAAGCUGUGGGAAAGUGAUGCCGGGCUGCAAGACGAACCUGGAGAAUCCCGACGCGGACGGCAAUGGAGAGAUCUGUUUCUGGGGGCGAAACGUCUUCAUGGGCUACCUGAACAUGCCCGAUAAACUGGCUGACGCUGUGGACGAGAACGGCUGGCUGCACUCUGGAGACCUGGGCAGGAACGACGAGCGUGACUUCCUGUACAUCACAGGAAGGAUCAAAGAGCUGAUCAUCACUGCUGGAGGUGAGAACAUCCCCCCUGUGCCCAUCGAGGAUGCGCUGAAGGCCGAGGUGCCCAUCAUCAGCAACGCCAUGCUGCUGGGAGACAAGCUCAAGUUCCUCUCCAUGAUGCUCACACUCAAGUGCAACAUGGACGACAACGGCGAGCCCACCGACGAGCUGAGCCCCGAAGCGCUGGACUUCUGCCAGCAGCACGGCGUCAAGGCCACCAAGGUGUCCGAGGUCCUCGCCAACAAGGAGCCGGCCAUUUACAAAGCCAUCCAGGAGGGCGUGGACCGGGUCAACGCCAGGGCCACGUCCAACGCACAGAAGGUCCAGAAGUGGGUGGUCCUGGAGCGAGACUUCUCCCUGCCAGGAGGAGAACUGGGACCCACCAUGAAGCUGAGGCGGCCCAUCGUCGUCAAGAUGUACCAGGACAAAAUAAACGAACUGUAUGCAGUGGCUGCAGAGAAACAGUAGACUGAGCUGCACAGAAAUCAGAGAAACGUGGUCAACCGGACACCAGAGCUGAGAGAGAAGUUCAAACACUAACGAGAUUUAAGACACACAACAACUUGAUUCUGAUGUAUUUAUUUUUAAGAAGAUGCAGGUUAGUGUUUUAUAUGACAUGGGACAUUUUGGAUAUUAAAUAUAUCAUACUGUUUCACAGCAGUGUAAAUAAUACACCUGAAUCGCAGCCAAAUCUUGUCACGGCACACGCAGGUUGGAAAGCACAUGAACAGUGUCUGUAGAAGAUUUCCCAUGCUUGUUCUGCAGUAAGGCUAAAAACCACAGCUCACCGUGGUCUCAAUAAUGUCUGAUCACAUGUGUUGUUGUGUUUCUGCAGUAGCAGUUUGCAUUUUAAGAUUUUACAGACUGUCGGCUUCCAGCGUCGGGCCGUCUGGCAAAAAUACUGCGGCUGAAUGAGUGUUUUUAAAAUAUGAGAAGGAAUGAUCCAUUCACGGUAAUCUGCUUAUGGAAAAAUGUUUAUCUGAAUGUGUCGUUCUCCAUGUACAGUUUGACACAAAUGGAAGUAUUUAUUUUGUGAUAGAGAUUUAUUGAUUGUGAAUAAAGUAAAUAAUUUGAUCAAAUUUA